AUGCCGCUAUUGGAAUUUCACAACUUUCGCACGGGAGAAAAGGCCAAUCAAACCGCUAUCUUGAAAAGCUUGGAUGAUCUACCAGACAAAUAUCUCAUGUCCAGUUCUCUCGCACUCAUUGCUGGGGGAUCCGAUACCACAGGAUUCACAUUCAGUUACGCAUGCUGGCAACUUGUUCAAAACCCCGUCCUCGCCGCUCGACUCAGAGAAGAGGUAGACGCUCUUUUUGAACAGGCAGCACCCGGAUACCCCAGCUUGACCGCUAUGGAAGCGUCGCCAUUACUCUACGGUUUUGUAAAAGAAUCCCUGCGGUGCGCUCUCGCGAUCCCAGGACGUCUCCCACGCAUCGUCCCUGGAGACGGCAGAGCUCCAUUAGUCGUUGACGGCAAGGAGAUUCCAUCAGGCUCAGUCGUUGGCAUGUCAGCCUACACCAUGCACCGAGAUCCAGAAAUCUGGGGUCCCGACGUGCUGGAAUUCAAUCCGGAUCGAUGGAUCGGACAACCCUCUCGAGCCAAAGCAGCGGACAUUGUUAUUUUUUCCAAGGGUAUCCGGAACUGUGCGGGUGAACCGCUCGCUUCGGCGGAACUGCAUAUGGGUUUGGCGUUUUUGUCUCGUCGGUAUGAUAUGCGUCUUGUUGCUGGUCCGCGGGAAUGGUCAUCUAUGGAUUAUUUCGUGACUACUGGACCGCAUUUCUACGUGAAGCUGACUCCGAGGGAGGGAGUACCGAUCCCGAGCAUUAGUUGA